CUUCCUCUCCUCCUCCUCCUCCUCCUCCUGCAGAGGACUGGGAGGGUAGAAGUGAAGGAGUCAGAGUCAGCUCUCUCUGCCAUUGUUCUAGUUCUGGUUCUGGUUCUGGAGGUCUGGAGACCGGGUCUGGGUACCAUCACGGUGCUGGUCUGGGUUCCGGUACCGGACGGCGGUCUGUCGUCAUGACGGGCUCCGGUCCGAAGCUCGGAGUUCUGCUGCUGCUGGCCGUCCUGCUGCAGACUGUGGUCGUCACCAUCACCGUGCUGCACUUCACCACAGCUCUCAGCUCGAUGAAGGAGACGUUCGCCAGGAGCAGCGUUUCCUGUCUGACGGGCGGCGACCUGCAGAGCAUCACGGCUGUCCGGGGGGAUCCGUGCUGGCAGGUCACUCAGCAGCUCCACCUGCUCAUCGAGAAGUCUCUGUCUCAGCGUUACCAGAAGCAGAUUUCCUCGGUCGUCAGAGAUGAAGUAUCUCGGGUGCUGCCCUCACUUGUGAUGGUGGACCGGGCUUCACCUCGCCCCAAAGUGGCAGCUCAUGUCACUGGAAGCUUCGUGCCCAAACUGGAGCGAGAGGAAGGAGCUCCGGUGUCCGCCGGCCGCCGCGUUCAGGGCCAGAAGAUCUCCUGGUGGGAGGGGCGGAAGGGGCUGGCCUUCCUCCAGGACGUCCAGCUGGUGGACGGGGAGCUGGUGGUGCCGCAGCCCGGCCUCUACUACGUCUACGCCCAGACGUACUUCAGACACACCCACUCCCUGGAGGAGGAGGGCGAGGACGGCGAGGAGGCGGGGGAGGACAGAGGGAGACCCCUGCUGCAGUACGUCUAUAAAAAGGUGAGCUCCUACCCGGUUCCCAUCCUGCUGAUGAAGACGAGCCGAACCUCCUGCUGGUCCCGGGGCUCCCAGUUUUCGCUGCACUCCGCCCACCAGGGGGGGCUGUUCCCGCUCAACUCCGGCGACCGCCUCUUCGUCACGGUGACCAACGCCUCGGCCGUGGACAUGGACGAGAAGAGCAGCUUCUUCGGGGCGUUUCUCAUCAGCUAAGACGAUCAGAUGCGGGACACGUUUUUUUUUUUUUAAGCGCAUCUGUCUCGUCUCAGCGUCCAGACUUCUCCUGGAAAUAAAGCCAGAUGAAAAACUGCAGCGGCGAGUCACGGAAAGAAGUCCGUCUCUCUUUUUUUCUUUUCAGGAUCAGAAACGGAAAGAAACACUGGUUUCGUGUGUGGAGAAGAGACGGAGCUAAUCAAUCAACAAAUAUUUGAGUGUGUUGAAGUUAACGGGGCUCGGACUCAACAGAGAUUAGAGUUCGUACAAACAUUUCUUUAAAGGACCAGUAGGUAACAUUUAGGGGGUUCUAUUGGCAGACAUAAUAUUAAUAAGUAGGUUUUCUUUAGUGAAUAAUCACCUGAUAGAAUCAUCGUGUUUUUUACUUUAGAAUGAGCCGUUUAUAUCUACAUUGGGAGCGAGUCGCUAAAUUACGAAUCCUGCUAUAGCGAAGGCAUGACCCGCUCUACUCGGCCUCCGAUUGGCUAGUUCUCGCUGCAUUAGUUGGUUGGAUUGGUUAGGAUUAGGGUAAGAAUAAACCAGGAUUAUACAUUCACUACAGUAGGAUUCAUAAUAUUGUGAGAGGGUCCCAAAGAGUCUAGAAGCAAAGAGACGAAACUCUGCUAGUUUUUUAACAACAGCUGCUAGAUGAAACUGCGAUAGCGCUGUCGCCAUUUUGGACUGAAAACACCGAUGACUCUGUGUCAACGGAUGUAUAGGAUAAUAAUUUUUUUCGAGUUAAAUCCACUUCCCAGUAGGAACACUUGAAUAAUUUAGUUUUACUUAUUUUGCGGCACUUUGUAGGCGGACGUUUUACUGCUGGCCGCUGACGUUGCAAUGGAACGAACUAUUGACUUUCACUUCUCAUCGAUAUACGUUCUUUGGUCAGGUUUCCCUACAGUGUGUAAUAUCUAGAGAUAAUCGACCAUAGCUACACUCUUUGAGAUGUGAAGCACUUUGUAAAAUUGACACCUUUAACAGCUCAGAUUCUCCAGAAGGGAGAGCAGUUCAUUCUCAUUAAAAGCUCAUAUAUACACGUCGACUUGCGCCCCCUACAGGAAAGGAAAGUUGUAGCAGUUCAGACCUUUGGACAUACAUUACACUCAAUAUUGAUUUUAUAGCAAAUGCCUGAAAACCUGCGGUCUGCCUUUAAGAUUUGUUUGUACUAAACUGGUAUCAGCUGAAGGUUAGCGAUGUUCUGAGUCCCGAGAUGUGUGUUUGUGUAAAGAUGUAAAUAUUGUGCUAUAUUUUUUUUUAAUUGUUCUAAUACGCCUGGGUCUGGAGCCCUCAACGAACUCUUUACUGAUCAUGUGCUACUGCUACCACUGCAGGCCUCUCCAUAGACAUACAGUAUAGACGUAGACGCCGCAUUGACUAGUGGACUUUAUUUUUCUACUCCGCGUAGAUCAUAAACCCUUUAAUAUAAUAACCACUCGUUGAAAUUGGUUGAGAAAUGUAGAUGGCAGCACCCCCAUUCACUUGUAUAGGGUUACAGGCCAGUUUUGCCCUGUCCAAUAUGGCGCCCACGUUGACGCAUCACUGCAAGCGUCCAAUGCGGCGUCUAUGUAUCUAUGUCUAUGGGCCUUUCACACAGUUAGUUGACGGCCAUGUUGUUAAGAUUAAAGGUGUAAGAUCACCUUUUCUUUCAGAGGUUUUACAGAAUACCAUUUUAAAGCACUGCUCCUUACAUAUCAGGCUUUGUGUUUCUGUUGGCAGCAGCAGCACAGUUUCUCUCUUUCUGCUGUUGGCUUGUCCGUCUUAACCGUCCUCCAAACGGUGCAUUAAAACACUCCCUCAAAUGGUU